UCAACUCGGUCUUAUGUUCUGAACCAGGAUCACGACCCACGACUCGAUACAUUUUCCAUUGUUGAAUUAAAUUUUGUUGGUCCAACAAGAUCAUUAUCCAUUCGUUACAUUUAUAGUAGUCGUAUUUCGUUUAAACGAGACACUUUCCGGUGAAUUGGAGUGAGUAUUUGGUAGAAAAAACUCCGGGACACAAUAAUGGCGGACUCAGCUAAUGAGACGGGUAAGUUAGUGAUGAUGGAUGUGGACUAUACCAAUAACUGCGAUACAAAAAUCCCAGAGUGCAAAAAAAUGGCCCAAGAGGGAAAGCUCCAUGAUGCGCUUGAUCAAUUGUUGGCAUUGGAAAAACUAGCAAGAACGGCAAGUGAUAUGCCGUCGACAUCCAGGAUUCUAGUGGCGAUAGUAGAAAUAUGUUUCGAAGCUAAAAACUGGUCUGCAUUGAAUGAGCAUAUAAUUCUAUUGUCCAAACGCAGAUCACAGCUUAAACAAGCAGUGACAAAAAUGGUUCAAGAAUGUUGCACUUAUAUUGACAAAACCCCGGAUCGGGAGACUAUGAUAAAACUUAUUGAAACUUUGCGCUCUGUGACCGAAGGAAAGAUCUAUGUUGAAGUUGAACGAGCUCGUCUCACUCACCGCCUGGCAAAACUGAAAGAGGAAGAUGGUGAACUCACAGAUGCUACAACCAUUAUGCUUGAAUUACAGGUCGAGACUUACGGCAGUAUGACUCGUCUCGAAAAAGCUUCUCUGAUCCUAGAACAAAUGCGUCUUUGUCUCGCCAAACAGGAUUACGUUCGUACACAAAUUAUAGCGAAAAAAAUAAACAUCAAAUUCUUUGAAGACGAAAAAGAUGUGGAAACUCAAUUACUGAAAUUGAAGUACUAUGACUUAAUGAUGGAGUUGGCACGUCACGAAGGAUGGUAUUUAGAGCUUUGUCGGCACAAUCGUGCAGUCCUCGAGACACCAGCGGUAAAGGAAUUUCCAGAAAAGCGCAAAGCAGCAAUGUCCCGAGCAGUUAUGUACCUUGUACUGGCUGCUCACGAACCGGAGCAAGCUGACAUGACACACAGACUAUUGGCUGACAAAUUUAUUGACGAUAUACCGACCUACAAAGAAUUACUUCGACUUUUUGUAAAUCCGGAGCUUAUCAAAUGGUCGGGUUUGUGCGAAAUUUACGAGAAAGAGCUCAAGAGUACCGAAGUGUUUAGCAAUUCUACUGAGGACGGCCGCAAACGUUGGGCCGAGCUUCGAAAUCGCGUCGUAGAGCAUAAUAUACGAAUAAUGGCAAAGUACUACACAAAAAUAACUCUCACCCGAAUGUCUGAAUUGUUGGACCUCCCGAUCCAGGAAACCGAAGCGAGUUUAUGCAAACUCGUAGAAUCGGGCAUAAUAAAUGCUCGUACAGACAGACCGGCGGGCGUCGUAAGAUUCACCGGGACUCAAGAGCCUGCCGCACUCCUCGAUGCCUGGGCAGCUUCAUUAUCAAAACUCAUGGGUCUCGUCAACAACACAACUCAUUUAAUUCAUCAGGAAGAAAUGCUUGCGGUUGCUCAUUUAUAAUACAUCUUAAAUCAACUAUAAUUUUUUUCUCCAUCUCUCACAAUCUUAAGACGAUAAAAUUUUCUUUGCCAAUUCGUAACUGCGGAUUGUCAAUCUCGCAUUCUCACACAGUGUAUUUACAACGCUCGAGGGCUGUUUAAUAAAAAUGAAAUGAAAAAAAAAAAAAGAAAACUAAACUCAGUUAUUUUAUUCAGAAAAUGUUCGGACCAUUAUAGGUUGCUAUUGACUCAAUUCAAAAACGUCAACUCUUAUUUAUUUUAAAAAAAUGUUCGCCACGCGUUGAUCGUUAUCAAGAAAACUUGUAACCUUUGCGUAACAACCACGCGAAGUUAUCCCCUGCAGAAUGCGCUCAAUACAAAAAAAAAAAGCGGGGAAAAUUGGUAUUAUUCAGGGAUUAAUAGAAAUAUUCAUUAAUCCACAAUUUCGAUAAUUGGACGUUAUAUUUUUCGGUUUCAAUUAUGUAUGUAUGUGCGCGCGUGUACAUGAUAAUCACAAUUGUAUGCUCGUAAAAAAUUAAGUCUGUUGAUUUGGCGACACCUCUUAAAUAUUCAAUCUUAUUAUAUUGUUUUUAGUUUCAUACGAAAUUUCUGGGAUGUCUAGAUUUUUAAUGCAGUUAUUGAGGAUUCUUCGGUUUUUUUUUUUAAUUUAUUUUUAAUUUUUUUGGCAUCGUAUUACUGCUGUAAUGUUUUCCAUUGUUUUUUUUUCCGAGUGUUCAGGAAAAAUUAAUAAGAAUGCCGAUUACCGGCUUCACUCCGUAAUGCGAUAAAAA